GGUUGGAGGACAGGUGGAUGUAAGCCGGACUCCGAGGACGCCAUGAUGUCCCUGAGGUGGACUGGUCUCCCUGCGGUGCUGGUCCUGGUCCUGGUGCAGCCCGGCUGGGUGGGGGGGGCGCGGGCCGACAGGAACCUGGUGUCGGAGGAGUACGUCGGCGCUACGGUGAACGCCACGGUAACGGACGGCCGCGGGAACACCGUGCACCUGAUGAGCAGCGAGGACGGGACCUACGGGCAGAACUCCCCCAAACUGGACUCCAGGGGGGUCGUCUUCACACCUGCACCCCACCACGGAGCGGUGGACCGGCAGGGUUGCGACCCCAGCACCCGCUUCCUGGUCCCGGCCCGCGUGGUCCACUGGGUGGCGCUGCUGCAGAGAGGAAACUGCACUUUUAAGGAGAAGAUCCUGAAGGCCGCCGCCUUCAACGCCACGGCCGUCCUCAUCUACAACAACUCCACCGACAAGACGGUGAAGAUGGGACACGAAGGGACCGGGGACACGGUGGCGGUGAUGAUCACGGAGGCGUUUGGGAAGGAGAUCCUGGCCCAGCUAGACCGGAACCUGACGGUCCAGGUCUCUGUGUUGGUGGGUCAACGCGGUUCCACCAAGACCAUCAACCGCGGCUCGCUGGUGUUCGUGUCCGUGUCCUUCAUCGUCCUCCUCAUCAUCAGCUCCGCCUGGCUCGUCUUCUACUUCAUCCAGAAGCUCCGCUACAGCAGCGCCCGCGGCCGCAGCCAGCGUCGUCUUGGCGACGCGGCGAAGAAAGCGAUCGGGAAGUUGACGACGAGGACGGUGAAGAAAGGAGACAAGGAAACUGAUCCAGACUUUAAUCACUGUGCUGUGUGUAUUGAAGCGUAUCAGCUGAACGAUGUGGUUCGUAUCCUGCCCUGCAAACACGUCUUCCAUAAGAUGUGUGUGGACCCGUGGCUGAACGAGCACUGCACCUGUCCCAUGUGCAAACUCAACAUCCUCAAAGCUCUCGGCAUCAUGACCAGUCUUCCCUGUGUGGACAGCGUGGUGUUGGACGUGGAUCGUCUGGGUGUCAGUCGGGCGUCCAGCAGCCAGAGGGCGCCGCUGAGUGACAGCAGCCAGCCGUCCAUCAGCCUGGAGCCUCUCAGCCCCCCCCACCCUGAGACCACGCCCAGGACCCCCGCUGACAUCACUGUGGCUGUGACCAGCGGAGGUCAUUUCUUCAACAGGAACUCGAUGUCUCCUCGCAGCGUCGUCUGUGAGAUGGAGCUUCCCGACAUUCAGGCCUCGCACGAUCUCUACGAUGACAAUAAGUCCUGAGGCUCAUCGUCCUCCCAUCACCACC